AUGGCACGUUACCGUCUGGUCUCAGGUCUCCCAGAGCCGCUUGCCCCGCUUCCUCGCUCGCCUGCGCCGAUGUGCACUCCUUGCGUCGAGGGUCGGCAGCACGCUGCCCCUCACUCCUCCUCGUUCCCCCCCACCACGGCUCCCUUCCAGACCCUGCACUUGGACGUCUUGGGCCCCUCCCCGGUCCUUGGACCACGUCAGGAGCGCUACUUCCUGAUUGUGGUGGACGACUACUCCCGUUACACCACGGUUUUCCCUUUGCGACGGAAGGCCGACGUGCCUACCGUCCUCGAGCCGUGGCUACUAGCGUGGGGUGGCGCCCAGGGCCUGUGUGGGCUCCGCCUACACUCGGACCGUGGUGGUGAGUUUUCUUCCACUCGCCUGGAGACGUUCUGUCAGGGUCGGGGGAUCAUCCAGUCUUACACGCUACCAGCCUCGCCGCAGCAGAACGGGGUAGCCGAGCGACGCAUCGGCCUGGUCAUGGAGGUUGCCCGGACCUCCAUGUGCCAUGCCGGUGGCCCCCAGUUCUUGUGGCCUCAGGCAGUCCGCUACGCCGCGCACCAGCUGAACCUGUGGCCCAGUGACGCACGGCCACGGGUGACGCCGGUCUCCCUUUGGACAGGUUCUCCGGGCGUAGCAGCUGACUUCCGCGUCUGGGGUUGUCUGGCUCACGUUCGCGCCCCUGGCGCGAACAAGUUGUCUCCGCGCACUCGUGCCUGCGUCUUUCUUGGCUUCACGUUGGACGCCUCCGGCUGGGUGUUCUACGACCCGGUCACCUACCAGUUCUUCGCUUCUCAGGACGUCACGUUCGACGAGUCUGUCUGUUACUACAGGAGUCGCCCCCACCGAGGUACUGAGGCCUUUUUCCCCCCGCUGUUCCUCACCCUUGAGCCCCCACCAGUCGCCUCGGUAGCCCCCCCCCCUUCGCGUCCUGCCCCGUCAGGUGUGUCGCACGUCACUCCGCAGUCGUCCCCCCCGCAGCGUCCAGUCCCUGUCAUGUCUGGGGGUGCGGGACGUGCAGUUGCGGAGGGUGAGGGUACUGGGGCUGCACGAGCUGGUGGUGUCGGCUCUUGGGGUGCAGGGGUUGUGGGCGUGGAGGUCACUCCUGUGGAGGACACGGCAGCCUCUAGUCGGCGGCCUCGCCCCGCCUCACCCCCUGGCUUCCCGUCCGUCCCGCAGUUUCCUCCUCGUUCUUCUCUGCGGCCGGUUGCUGCGGAGCUUGGGGGUGUUCCUGCGGGAGGUACUGGAGGCCCCGGGGGUGUCGGUGGUGGAGGUGCUGGUUUUGGGGCGUCUCCUCCAGUUGGAGAGGGAGGAGCGUGA